AUGAUCGAUAACCAAGCGUCGCAUCUCGCCGCAAUGGAAGCUCACGACGCGGCCGUCAAAACCAUCGCAACUCACGUCCGGUCAUUUUAUGAGCGCCAAAAAGCCUUCCGAAUAUAUCACGGCUCAACAAACAGCACGAGGACGUCGCAGCGCCGCGCUGACAACACCAUCAACACCAGCAGUCUCAACCAUGUCCUGUCCAUUGACAAGACCACGAUGACUGCCAUGGUCGAGCCCAACGUGCCAAUGGAUGAUCUUGUCAAUGCUACUUUGAAACAUGGGCUCAUACCACCUGUUGUGAUGGAGUUCCCGGGCAUCACGGUAGGCGGAGGCUUUUCUGGUACAUCUGGUGAAAGUAGCUCUUUUCGAUACGGCGCUUUUGACAGCACGUUUGACUCAAUUGAGAUUGUGUUGCCGGAUGGCACGAUUGCCAAGGCUUCAAAGAAGGAGAGGAACGAUUUGUUUUGGGGUGCUGCAUCUGCGUUUGGGACGCUUGGCGUGGUGACGCUCUUGGAGGUUCGGCUGCUUCCCGCGAAGAAAUUCGUACGGUUGCAGUAUGAGAUUUCCACAAGUGUAGAGGAUUCAGUGAAAAAGAUUCGAACAGAGUGUGAUGAUAGCGAUAAUGACUUCGUGGAUGGGAUUGUUUUUGAUAAGCAUACAACGCUUGUAUGUACGGGGAGGCUGGUGGAUGAAGUACCUGAGGGCGAAAAGGUCCGGCGAUUCACCAGACGGUCUGACCCGUGGUUUUAUAUUCGUGCCCGAGAAGUGCAGAAUACUCUGAAGAAAGCAGACGGGAAAUCUGAGAGCGCAGUAGUCGACCAUGUCCCCCUUGUGGACUACUUGUUCCGAUACGACAGAGGCGGUUUCUGGGUCGGCAAAUACUCCUUCUCAUACUUCCUCGUUCCCUUCAACCGCAUCACCCGCUUCCUCCUCGACCGCUUCAUGCACACACGCGUCAUGUACCGCGCCGUUCACAAGUCCGGCCUCGCAGACUACUACAUGGUGCAAGAUGUCGGCGUGCCGUUCUCCCGCACCGCCGAAUUCCAAACCUGGCUGGACGACACGUUCAACAUCUACCCCCUGUGGUUGUGUCCGCUGCGCAUUCGCCGUGAAGACCCCGACUCCAGCUACGGGCUGCACUCGGAGUUUUCCAAGGCCGAUACGCCGGACUUAAUGAACUUUGGCGUCUGGGGCCCGGUCAAGGGCUCUCGGAGGGAGGUCGUGGAGAUGAACCGUGCGCUGGAGCGGAAGGUCCAGGAGUUGGCUGGGAAGAAGUGGCUGUAUGCGCAUGCGUAUUACACGGAGGAGGAGUUCUGGGCGCACUAUGAUAGGGGGUCGUAUGAUGCGUUGAGGGAGAAGUACAAGGCGACGUUUUUGCCGAGCGUGUAUGACAAGGUUAAGGUUGAUGUGGAUAGGGAGGAGGAGGAGAGGAAUAAGGACUGGAGGACGAGAGGGAGGGCUAUGUUGGGUGAUGUGUGGCCGUUGAGAGGGCUGAAGGGGUUUUUGGGAGCGGCGAGGGGAGGAGAUUAUUUGAUGAGAAAGAAGGGGAAGCAUGUAGAGUCGUAG